UGUAUAAUUACAUAGUAUAUUACUUAAUUUUUUUCUACAGGCCCCCCUCAUAAAACCGUUCAAGGUCCGCCACUGAUAAAAUAAAUAUGGCACAAAUAGGGCACGUACUACUUCCUUCAAUUAUCAAAUACUAAAAACAUGGCCAUUUUUGUUUUCUCGACAAAUUUUAGACUCGGUCUCUUUAUCGCCAUUUCUUUCAUCCUUAAUAUCAACUCCCAAGAGUUUCGACAAUGUUACGAGGUUGAUGGCAUAUACAACUUUCAUCGAAACAACUCUCGACACAACAUCGACAAAGCUAUCACUCAACUGGUAUCGAACGCAACAAACACCUAUUUCAACACCAUCUCGACAGGCUCUGGGUUAGACAAAUUUAACGCCUUAUAUUCUUGUCGAUACGAUUACCCCCUUCAAUCUUGCCAUAGUUGUGUCAAAAGUUUCGUCGACGUAGUCCUUUCGUGCCUUCCGAACGUACAAGGCCACUCAUAUCGCGACGAGUGCACGUUAUAUUACUCUAACCGUUCCCUAGACCUCUCCGAUGAAAUGGACAAAUUCCGGCGGGUUGGUCUAGCUGGCGGCCGGACUGUAACCUCGAAAGAGGAGAACAAGUUAAGUCAGACUUUGUAUACGACCGUUACUCGUCUCAUCGAGGAAGUGAUCUCUGAAUUUAAUGUUUCUUCUCGUUACUUUGCUAUGACAUCGGAGAAGUAUUCGUCGAGCGAAACCAUUUAUGCACUUGCUCAAUGUAAUCCGGAUCUUACCUCCUUCGAAUGUAAAACUUGCCUACAAAGUAGUUUUGAUUGGUUUACGUCUGAUCGAACGUUUCCUGGUGUAGCUCAAGCAAAGAUUUAUACACCCAUAUGUAGGUUGUUUUACAUGUUUUCUAACAAGGAGCUAAGUCAACCAUGGAAUUUUGCAAUUUCAUCAACAGGAACACGAGGAAAUCCAAUAAUGGCUGCAAUAGUAGCGAGUACUUCGAGCGUGGCACUAUUAUUAAAGCUUCUACUGUAAGGGCUGUAACUAUGGUGUACUUGAUUCCUUUCUAGUUGAUCAACUGGUAUAAUGGUUUGUCAAGAGUGCUAAAUAAAACUUGUGUAAAACUGCAUAUGCAUGUUAGCAAUUUUCUUUGUUCGCAAUUUGUAAAAUUGUUAUUAAGUGGUACUACGUAUUUGUAUAAUUUUCAGAUGAUUAUUCGAAAGUAAUAAAGGUCGCAACU